AUGAAGUCAACCUUGGUUACAGCCUCUGUGCUGUUGGGCUGUGCUUCCGCCGAGGUUCACAAGCUGAAGCUCAACAAGGUGCCCGUGUCCGAGCAAUUUAACUUGCACAACAUCGAUACCCAUGUGCAGGCUCUUGGCCAGAAGUACAUGGGAAUCCGUCCCAACAUCAAGCAGGAUCUCCUCAAUGAGAACCCGAUCAAUGACAUGGGACGUCAUGAUGUCCUUGUUGACAACUUCUUGAAUGCACAAUACUUCUCCGAAAUCGAGAUCGGUACCCCCCCACAGAAGUUCAAGGUGGUCCUUGACACUGGCAGCUCAAACCUAUGGGUGCCCUCCUCGGAGUGUGGCUCUAUCGCCUGCUAUUUGCAUAACAAGUACGACUCAUCCUCGUCGUCCACGUACCAGAAGAAUGGCAGCGAAUUUGCCAUCAAGUACGGCUCCGGUAGCCUGAGUGGAUUUGUGUCUCAGGAUACCCUCAAGAUCGGUGACCUGAAGGUGAAGGAUCAGCUGUUCGCCGAGGCGACUAGUGAGCCCGGUCUUGCUUUUGCCUUUGGCCGCUUUGAUGGCAUUCUCGGGUUGGGAUUUGACACAAUUUCUGUCAACAAAAUCCCUCCCCCCUUCUAUAGCAUGCUCGACCAGGGCCUCCUCGACGAGCCAGUCUUUGCUUUUUACCUUGGAGACACAAACAAGGAAGGCGAUGACUCCGUAGCGACAUUCGGCGGUGUUGACAAGGAUCACUACACCGGCGAGUUGGUCAAGAUCCCGCUUCGCCGCAAGGCUUACUGGGAGGUUGACCUUGAUGCUAUUGCCCUUGGUGAUAGCGUCGCUGAACUCGAUAACACCGGUGUCAUUCUGGAUACUGGCACUUCCCUCAUUGCCUUGCCGACCACCCUUGCCGAGCUUAUUAACAAGGAAAUUGGUGCUAAGAAGGGCUUCACCGGCCAAUACUCGGUUGACUGUGACAAGCGUGACUCCUUGCCUGACCUCACCUUCACCCUGAGCGGAUACAACUUUACCAUCGGUCCCUACGACUACACUCUUGAAGUCCAGGGAUCUUGCAUCAGCGCCUUCAUGGGCAUGGACUUCCCUGAACCCGUUGGGCCGUUGGCCAUCCUGGGUGAUGCAUUCCUCAGGAAGUGGUACAGUGUGUACGACCUCGGCAACGGUGCUGUCGGCUUGGCCAAGGCCAAGUAA